GCCCCUAACACUACCAAACGUGACAAAGUUAAUGAAAAAUCUUCAGACGUCCAUUCGAUCGACACAGAAUAUUCCAAUGUUAAAAUGCGUGAAAUUGAAUCUCUCGACACUCAAUUGCCUAAAAUUCAAUUUUCUGAAAUUAACAAUUUUGAUAUUAAAAAGAUAUUAAUAAUUUCUAUAGUUGUUGUUGCUAUUUUUCUCCUCAUUUAUUAUUGCUUCAUUGUUCCAUGCGUUAAAUGUUUCAUUGUUCCAUGUGUUCACUGUCUCGGAUAUGAAUCUGGUGGAAUUAAAAAAGGUAGUUAUGCUUCCAGGGCUCAGAGCAUGGGCGCUAGAGAGGAACCUGAUGAAGAACUAUCAAAAAAAAUAUCAAUAACAGUAAUUUUAGUAUUAAUGUUGCUCGUGAUAUUAAUUUUGCUUGUAAUUGUUAUAUAUAAUACUUCACUUUAUUCUUUAAUAAUGAAAUAA